AUUCAACGUUCGAUAGACGUGAGCAACAUGGCCUUCAAGUUUGUCGCAGUACUGGCUGUUCUGGCUCUCCUGGGAGUCGAACGUAGCUUUGCAGGACAUGCUCACAGCUUCGCGCAUUUCCAUGGACCCGUAGAGGGUCCCGGACACGAAGUAGUCGUUCACGAUAAACAUGGUCACCAUCAUGUGGACUACGUAGCUCACCCAAAGUAUGAAUUCGCUUACGGCGUCGAGGAUCAUCAUACAGGCGAUUAUCAUGGCCAAAAGGAACAUAGAGACGGAAAGCAUGUGGCUGGUGAAUACACUAUUAAGGAACCUGGUGGCAACGUCAGAACCGUCAAGUACCAUGCCGAUCCCCAUGGAGGAUUCCAUGCCCACGUUCACAAUUCUGGUGGAAAUGAUCACUCUGGUGGAACUUACGGUGGACAUGGUCAUGGUCAUGGACACGGAUAUGGACACUACUAGAAUUCAUUAUGAAUACUGUACAAGUGCUUCUUGCAUGCAUUUAAUUCGUUUUAUAGAUCCUGUUGUAUACUGUCAAUGCUCAUGUGAAUGUAAUAUAUUUGUUAAAUAUAUCAUCUGUUAGUAAUUCUAA